CGAGGGCUGUGUGUCUACACCUCCUUUGGUCACAACGCGGCGCCGAAACCAUGGACUCCCUCCCUCUCACCACCGCACAGCAGCCGGCGCAGGGCGGCGCGAAGCGCUUCGUCGGCUUUGGCCUGACCCUCUGCGCCGGCGCGCUCCUCGGCGCGGCCGUCUCGCGCUCGGCCGCUCCGGCGCAGCAAAAGUCCGACACGUCGCACGCUGGCGUGACGCCGAUCCCGUCGCUCGGCGGUGCCCUUGAGCAGAUACCUACGGGCAUCGGCUCCGACCUCAACGAGGGCUUCAAGGCGAACCCGUUCUACUUUGACCCGCACCUGCGCGACCACGUCAAGCUGUCGGUGACACCCUCCAACACGGGCUGCGGCGAGGGCGGCAAGCAGCUCAUCAAGCCCUUCUACAUCAACUCGGCCAAGGGCGACGCCGACGCCUUCCCGUGGCGCGUCGAUGGCACCUGCCACCUGAGCCUCGAGAUGGGGGGCGACACGCUGCACAACGACGUCGGCUUCCUCAAGCUGCGCGGCUGUCCGCUGCACGAGGGGUACACGGUGCCGUACUUGCGCGUGAUGAAGGUGCUGCUCGCGAGCUACGACAAGAUGCACAUGGGGUGGGGCGCUUGUGGCGAGGCGGAGACCUCGUGCGAGGUGGGCCCGGACGUAUCGAUGUCGCCCGGCGACUGCAAGACGCUGACGCACCCCUCCAAGCCGUCGAUGAAGUACGACGUCUGCUACGACGGCCCCGGCGUCUACUGAGUGGGAGGUCCCCCGCCAGAAACCGGACGGUAUGCGAGGCUCGGUACGCUCGUCGGGGAGAUUUGUGGCAGCGGCGGAGCUCGGGGAGGCCCGCGAGGUGAGCCUCCACAUGCGCAUGGUGCUGCGUGUUAUUCAAUUGGUCUCUAUUCGUCGUGUGUGUGUGUGCUGCUGGGUAAGGUCUAGGUAAGGUAAAACUUCUCC